AGUUGGAGACACCAUAACAACUGUAACGGAACGGGGCAAUCAUGUACCCGAGAACCGUUCUUCUCCUGGCCUUAGUGGCGGGCGCUUAUGCAGUGCCGAUAGAUGUGGACCGCUUCAAUGAGGACACAGCAUGUGCAACAUCAUGCUCAGGAAGUGGCAAGUUCAGUUACGAGCCAGGCAAAACGUACGACUUUCUGUACGAGACGGAGACUCGAACCGGCAUCGAAGGUGCCUCAGAGGACAAGUCCAGUCUGCUAAUGAUGGUCGAUGUCCAUGUGGAGGUCAUGUCCCCAUGUGAAUACGUCCUCAAGAUGGAUAACGUCAAGCUGAGGGAAAUCGACCCUGCCAAUCCGUCCAGAAAAAUAUAUUCUCCGAAGAGUCGGGAAUUCAAGAGUAGUCUGGAAGCCAACCCUCUACGCUUUGGAUUUCAAGACGGCAGAAUUGAGAACGUCUGUCCUGAUGAUGCUGAUCCUGUCUGGAUUCUUAACAUCAAACGAGGUGUGCUGUCUACGUUCCAGAACGUCAUGGACUCCUUGGACAGGGACCAGAGAGUUUCAGAGACGGACGUAACUGGAGAAUGUGAUGCUGAAUACAAAGUAUCACAAACACCCACCCCAUGGUCAUCUGCUAUAACAAUCAAAAAGACCAAGAAUCUGAUUGGAUGCCGAAGUCGUCAUGGUUAUCACUCAGCCAUACAGGCAACCCCAUACAGUGCGAAUUCGGAAAUACAAUCACUGCCAUUGAUGAAAAGCAAACACGACUGUGAACAGAAAAUUGAUGGAGGUCGGCUCAUCAGGGCUACCUGCAAAGAGUCCCACGUAUUCAGGCCAUUUUCCAAGGGCAGCAAUGGUGCUGUAACGGAAACCACACAGGAACUGAAGUUCAGUUCAGAAAAGUCAGGCGUAAAAUCUAGACCAGACUUCGUCGGGCGAAGAAGUGAUUUACACUUUGAGCAUACAACAGAUGGCUCUGACAAUUUACACAUCAGAAGAUCAGCUAAAGAGAGGUUACAGAAGCUGUGUAGCUUGACGCGUGAAGACAUUCGACCGGAAACACCUCAGCUGUUUGCUGACCUCGUCCACUUCAUGAAAGAUUUGGAUAGCGAUUCACUCCGUGAACUAUACAAUGAAGUAAAAGAGAGGACAUUCUGCAGAGGAAAUGAAGAAAGAACAAGAAAAUUCUUCAUGGAUGCCAUCCCAAUGGUCGGUACCACAGCGUCUGUGAAAAUGAUUAAAGAUUUGGUGUCAGAAGGCGUUGUUGAUGAUAUUGAAUCUGAGAUCUGGGUGACAUCUUUAGCAUUUAUUGCCACUCCCAGCAGAGAGAUGAUCAGGGAAGUUAAGCCACUUCUGCGAAAAAGACCCACAGGACACGUCGUGCUAUCAGUGUCCGCCCUUGUCAACAACUACUGCCGAAUGAAACCAUGCGACAAUGACAUCGAAGUGGAUGACAUUGUUUCCAUCUUGGCAGAAAAUCUUGGCGAUUCCUGUGAUAUCCGGGGAAAUGACGCAGAGAUCUUGCUGUCACUCCGUGCCAUUGGUAACACUGGGCACGCGGAAAAGGCCAUCCCGACUCUGAAUCGUUGUUUCGCCAAAGAAGACUUGCCGAUGGAUAUCAGGUUGUCUGCAGUGAAUGCCUUCCGGCAUAUGUCCUGCAAAGCUGACAGAAACAACAUGAUGGCCCUGUUUCGCAACAAGAACGAGGAUUCUGAGUUAAGGAUUGCCGCAUACUUGUCCGUGAUUGAGUGUCCAACUAACUGGGUCCUUGACCAAGUGAAAGAGACCCUGGAGUCAGAGGAAGUCAACCAGGUCGGUUCCUUCGUCUGGAGUCAUUUGACCAAUCUAAUGGAGACCUCGGAUCCACACAAGCAAGGCAUCAGAGCCAUUCUAGAGGACGAGCAGCUGGCAAAAGAGUUCGAUAUGGACAAGAGAAAGUUCUCCAGAAACUACGAGGGCUCUCUAUUCUUUGAGAAAAUCAACACCGGCGCAAAGGCUGAGAGCAAUAUAAUUUGGUCUUCGAAGUCUUUCCUCCCUCGAUCAGCUAUGGUCAAUCUCACAGUAGACCUGUUCGGGCAUGCCAUCAAUCUUAUUGAAAUCGGAGGAAGAGUGGAGGGUCUGGAAUAUUAUCUUGAGAACCUCUUCGGACCGGAAGGUAUCUUACAAAACCCUGUAGCCAAAGGUACAUGGAAACGCUCUAAGCGACAGGUCGUCCGAAGGGAGAAAUUGGAAAGCAUUAAGCAAAGAUAUGGGAUAACGAGCGACGAGGUUGCUGGGUCAAUAUACUUUAGGAUGUUUGGUAAUGAACUACAGUACCUCAGCAUGGGUGGUCGGGGUAGAGCCAGGAAACGGUCUCCAAAUCUAAUGGACAUACUUCUGAAACUUGCCAGACAGAAUUCCUACCAGUUUACACAAAACGUCAUGUUUAUGGACAGUACCAUUGCCAUUCCAACAUCUGUAGGAAUUCCACUGAAGCUUACGGUGAACGGCACAGCCAGUGUCGAUCUGAAAGUUGCAGGGAAAAUGGACGUAAGGAAGGCCACAUCACGGCCCUCCAACAUGCACAUAGAAGGGGUUGUCCAGCCAAGUGGUGCCGUUGAAAUAGCCAGUACCAUGGUUGUAGAUGCAUACCUUGUUCGCUCUGGUUUGAAAAUGGUGACAACACUUCACUCCAGCACGGCUGCCAAUGGCAAAUUGGAAGUCAAGAACGGCCAAGUUUUGAAUGUGGAAUUUGACAGUCCAAGAGAAAAGAUGGAGAUCAUUAAUUUGAACACCAAAUUUUUCGUCCUUCAUCGUGAGGCUGAGCGUGAACAGAAGAUGAUCCAUGAGAACAGGAAGGAGAAGAAGGUGUGCACUGGCGACCGACUGGCUAAACUGACUGGAAUGGAGAUUUGCGGAAGUCUGAGCUUCAGUAAUGCCUCCAUAAAAGACAAUGCACCAUACUUCCCUCUGACUGGACCUUUAAGCUUAGGAAUUGACCUGCACAAACGGGACACCCACAGCGGAUACAUCUUUAGUGCCAAAUACAGCGGUGAUCCCAACCGUAAAAGUGCUCGAGUUUCCUUCGAUACCCCUGGCUCACGAGAGAACCGUAAGUUCGUGACUGAUUUUGAACUGGACCUAAAGGACAAAGAUCUCCAAAUGAGUUUGCUCACACCCUGGAAGAAAGCCUCAGUGAAAGGUUCAGUUGUGAACGAUGACAACUUAAAGAGAGCGACGCUGAGACUUGAGAUUGGCAGUCAACAUGAGUACAACAUCAAUGGAGAAGUCAAGAUUGAUCAGUCGGAUAAAAGGGUCAAAUAUAUUCCCUUGUUGGAGAUUUCAGCCCCAUCAAUGAAGACCAUCACCAUAGGAGGGGCCCUUGAGAAAAUCAGAGAUGAGGCAUUGGAGGUUGACAUUUCUAUGCAGAACGUUUUCACCAACCCGAUCAAUCUGAGGUCCACAAUUGUCAACAACGACAAGACGAAGAGCUGUACUGGUAGCUUCAGCUAUGGAAAGGAUAUCUACACUGCCGUUAGUAAAGUCCUAAUCAAGUCCGAAGAGAAGGCUUUAGGUUAUAAUGCCACACUCAACAUGCGGUGCCCCAGAGGCGAGCUCAUUUCGGCUGAGGCAUCAUUUGAAAAAAAUCCAAAGAAGACUGAAGCCCGGCUCUUCAUUGACAAAGUGGUUAAGAAUCCCAUUAAAUUAGAAGGAUCACUAGGCACUUCACAGAGGAGAGGAUCUAAUAAACAUAUUGUAAAACUUGACAUAGAGACGCCAGUGAUCACCCUGGAUGCCAACGGAUUCGUGGACAAGAAGAGUGGGAAGAAAUCUAUCUUAACAUCUAAGGCCACGAUCAAUUACCAACUGCCAAAAAAGAUCAGAGAUCGGGUGGCUGUUUCUUCCAAGAUCAGAAACCUAAGCACCAAGUCCUUGUCCAAAUACGACAUUGUCUUGAACUCAAAUUUCAAGAAGAACCGGGAUUACAACUUCCAAUCCUCAGCCAACUUGGAAUUAAGUUCCACGAACAUGGACACCAGCUUCCAGUUGCAGUAUGGUGACAAUCCGAAGAACGAGGACAAGAAGAUCACUCUAUCCCAGUCUGGUUCCAAUCGUCUGAAGGCUGGCAAGAGGAACAGCAACCUGAAAGUCAACCUGAAAUAUCCGGCUAUGGACCUCGAUUGCCAACUAAAAGCUACCCACUUAUUCACUGAUGAAGACUUGGAUUCCAACAUCGUCAUUAGAUACAAUGCCGACAAAGAGAUCAACGCUAACUUGAAGUUGAGUGAUGAUAUGGAAAAGAAAAACACAAAAUCGGGGGAAAUAGGUCUUAGUUAUCCUGGAAGACGUCUGAGGGCAACAACUGAAAUAGUUAAAAUCAAUGAUAAACAGUACAACAUCUCAAGUGAUCUUAUCUGGGGGAAAGGAGGAAAGGCUAAGAUUGAAACAAUCUAUCGCCAACCAUCUAGUCUGUCUCACGAAAUAACAUCAGCUAUCCAUAUAGCUAGAAAGGAUCAAAUUGUUCUUUCUGGAUCUUUAAAUCGUGAGCCCAGGGACAUGAAAAUCUCUUCAUCACUUACAUUGGGCAAGGAUAAAUACGAAGCGGCUUUGGCCAAUAAGAAGAGCUACAAAUCAUAUGAAGCACAGGUCGAUCUCGUGUACCCCGGACGUCACGUUAUAGCAGAUGCCGGAGUUAAUUGGAGAGACAGAUAUACCGGAAAUGUUGAUGUUAAAUGGGAUGCUGAGAGAGAUAACAGCAGGCGAUUUAAGGCAAACGCCGAGUUAAAUGUAAAUGGAAUAAAGAAUAUUCGAGGAUCAGUCAACGCUGAACUCAAUGGCAGAAAAAUGGCAGCCAGCCUCAGACACCAAAGCAGCGACAAACACAUCUCCCAUUUGGAUGUUACGUAUGCCCGAGGAAAAGUAAUUGAGCUGGAUACAACAUUCAGUGAUGCGAAGGGAUGGUCUAGUCGUAAGUUGGGUGGAUCUCUGCGCUUGACUAGCCCUUGCAGGUUUGCCAGGUUUCUCGAAGUCAACGCCGAGCAUUCUAUUGAUAGUCUGCAGUUUGAAACAGUGGCAGAUGUGGCUUGGUCUCGCACUGACAAAAUCGAGGGUACGCUAACCAUCAAGCGUCCAAUUAGUCUCAGGAAACUGGAAACCUCUCUAUCCGUCACAACUCCAUUCCGUUCGUGCAGGAAAAUUCUCGCUGAAGUUAAUCACAGGGUGGAGGAUGAACUGGCAACAUCUGUAAAAGCGGAAGCUGGACGUCACAAGGUGGACAUCAGCCUAACUGCCAGCAACAGAGGAUCUGAUUAUCGCAGAGAUGCCUCCGGUCAACUGAUUAUCAAGAGUUCAAUUCAGGACUUCGAAAAUGUCAUUGUUAGCGCCAGCCAUAGUGAUGACGGAAGAAAGUUCGACUCUUCCUUGACGGCUGACGUUGGUCGACAUGGCCGUUAUAGCGUUGACUUUGAUAUGACCCACGAAGGAUACUCUUACCAUUUGAGCAAUCAAGGUAAGCUCACCAUCACCACACCAAUCCGACGCUUCGACAAAGUUAUUGUUUUCUGGAAUCACAGGUGCAGAGAAAAUUCCAUCCGGUCGACCCUCUCCUGCUCUUGGGACAAUAAAAAGCUGUCGUUAAAGAUUGACGGUAAUCAUGAACACAACUAUCAACAGCGCCUUAUAAGCGGAACUGUCAACAUAGAAAGCCCAUUGCCAUCCCUCAGCGAGCUGGUUCUUACAGUAAAUCAUGAUCAUAAGGACGGAGAACUUCAAUCCUCUGCAACCUUGGUACGAAACACUUACAAACGAACGGAAUAUGCUGUGUCUUACACAAUCGAUGGGGAUUACAAUAUCGAAUCUACCGCCAUGUUCACAUGCCCUGGCAUAGACGCCGUGAGUGCCAAACUGGCCACUAAGCUUAGCGAGAGUCCACAUACGGCUGAGUUCGAGGUGGAAUGGUCUCCCAGUGACAAGGUUGCCGUGAGUGGAGAGCUGACGAAACAUGAAUGGAGAUACAUUGAUGGCAUUGUUAAAGUUACUUCCCCAUUCAGAGGAUUUGAAAGAAUUGUUGCCAACGCACGUCAUCGCAAAGACGAUGGUGUAUGGGUUUCGACUGCUGCUCUGGAGUAUGCCCCGAGGCAUGAAAUAACCGUGGAAUCUAAGUUGUCAACCGAGUCUAGAAAGCUGGCUGAAUUAAUCAUAAAAGCGCCAUUCUACCAGUUCCAUAAGCUUAAACUUUCGGCAGAGCACACCGGUGACCUAUCUCGGGCCAUCAGCAGCAAAGCAAUUGUUGAAUUACAGCCUCAACUCGGAGUUCUGGAGGCCAUAGCUAAUUUUGAAAAUGGCAGAGAAAUGUCUGGCAAUGCGAGAGUGAACACCCCUUUCCGUAGUGUCCGCUAUAGCGAGGCGAGAUUUACAUACCAGCCAGGAAAAGCCCACGUCGAAGUGGAAUAUCUACCAAAUCAGGUUGUAAAUAUAGAUGCGGAAUACCGUCUUGAUGAUACGAGAGACUUGUCCACUGAGCUUACGGUCACUACACCAAUAUCUUCCUUUGAUUACAUCAAGACCUCUUUCCUUCAUCGGGGGUCAAGGCGAAGGGGUCGUUCAGUGGUAUCUGUAGAAUACCCCAGGAGAAGUGUCUUCAGCGCCACAGCCAAUUACCUGAAUGAUGAUAAAUUAGAAGCAUCCUUAGAUCUUCGAGCACCGAAGUACGACGACGUAAGACUCAGUGUCAGACACAGUGGGACUGCAAGAGACUUUAACUCUCAUGCCGAAGUUACAUACGAGAAAUACAAGAAAAUUGAAGGCAACAUUAUCUUUAGUAUUAGGCGUGGGGUUAAAGGACCCGUGGUUGCACUUGAAACCGUAGCAAAGAGUCCUUACUCUGAAGACUUCGAACUAAAGCUCAAUCACGAGGGAAACAUUGUCAACUUCAAGUCCAACUUGGUAGGCUAUUACGGUCGACCCAACAGAUUGACAUACAAUCUUGGCUUCUCUUCAGCAUCGAAUAGCCUGCAUGCUGACACAGAUUUUGAUCUUCAGAGCGAAUAUUCAGGGCCACAUUCAGGUUCAGCAGCUUUCAACAUCAGGGGAGAAAUUAGAAAUUUCAAGAUUGACUUCAACGAAAACUACCAAGGCCGGGCCGUGAAUACUGCUCUCUCCGUUAACGUGUUACAUGGGAUCGAUUCCUCUUUCUCGCUAAAUACCCCAUUUGAAACAGUUAAGAACAUUGAUGCUAGCUUGAAACACAACGGAGAUUUAAGGAGAAGCAAGUCAAAUGCAAAAUUGUUAUUUAACAGGGAAGAAUACGAGGCGGACAUUACCUUGGCGUCAAGUAAAGAUCACGUCGAUUCUAAGAUCAACAUUAAAACGCCACUAUCUGGAUACAGAGACCUUACCAGUAACUUGCGCUUCGACGGUAACAUGCAGAGGCUAAGAACAUCACUCAGCGUAGAAAUCGGUAACGGAAAAGAGAUUCAGGCAGCUGGUAACCUAGACUUGUUGAGCAGAAACAAGAAACUUGAUGUCACCGUUCACACACCCUUCAGAGAUUAUGAAACCAUAGCAGUCGCUGGUAACUUCACAGGUGAACCUGCCAGGUUCGAACUGAAUACACAUGUGCAAUACGCCACACGAAGCCGAAUUUCUGUCACUGGUAAAUUUGACAUGGAAAGUCGUCGCAAAGUACUGGAAGCAACCAUACUCACCCCAUUUUAUGAUUACGAAAGAUUAUCAGUUUCCGCUAAUGUGGAUGGCGACCUGACUCGCUUCUCCUCUAACGCUAAUAUUGACUACGCCAGGGACGGUAAAAUUGAAGCAAAUGUUAGAUCAGAUGUAGAAGGUAAUGUAAAGGACAUCUCUGUUACUGUGAAGACCCCUUUUAGAAACUUCAGAGAAACAUCCGUGAGUGGACGAAUUGAAGGAGACCUGACUGAAUUUACUUCAAGCGCAUCUCUCCAGUAUUUGGAUGAUAAACGCAUAUCGUUUAGUAGUUCAGCGGACCUGAAGGGUAACCCGAAGAGCAUCAGUGCAGACCUUAGAACACCAUUCCGCAAGUUUGAAGAAGUUUCUCUGGUAGGUAACUUCAACGGAUACUCGAAACGCUUCAAGGUUGAUUCGCAGGUAAGCCUCGGUAGGUCAAGGAUAAACGUUGUCUCUGAUAUUGACCUGGAGGGCAGCAAAAAGAAAAUAAGCGGGACCGUGAGGACACCAUUCCAGGGAUACGAACAACUGUCCGCCGAAGGCAGCUAUGACGAUGGCUCAUCAAGACACAAAGCUGAAAUAAGUGUUGAAUAUGCUCCCUAUAAGAGGGUCGAAGUGGAAGCUGGACUGAACCUCCAACGCCAACGCAAGAGUGCUCGUGCCAGCAUUAAAACACCAUUCCGAGGGUUUGAAAAAAUGUCCGCGAAUGCAAAUUUCAAUGGCGACUUAGACAAAUUUGAGAGUGAUGCCGAAGUAGAAUAUGGCAGAAACAAGAAGAUCGAGAUCAGUAGCAAGUUGGACAUUGCCCGUUCCCCUAAAUCCAUCUCUCUCUCUCUGAAAACCCCGUUCGAAAGAUUUGAGAGUCAGUCUUUAGCCGCUAGUGUUAAAGGAGAAAUCCGGCAAUGUGAUGUUGAGGCUAGUGUAACCUACGGUGACAGGAAAACCAUCGCUCUAAAAGGAGCUGUGAAUGUAAAAACUGGUCCCAUCUCAGUCAAUGGUCGAGUCACAUCGCCUUACUCAGGUUAUGAAACACAGUCAUUUGCCAUAAACUUUGAUGGUGAACCUCUAGAUUUUCAGACAUCUGCAACCGUAGACUCAUCCCAACUGGGCAAGCCAAUAUUAGCCCGUGCUUCUGUGGCUUACAGGAGUCCAACGAACUUGGACGCUGUUUUGACCUUUACUAGUGCAAUCCGUCAUGCUGAAAGUUUAAAACUGGUGAUAAAGAACAAAGAUGAGCAGAAGUAUACUACCCAUGCAGAGGUUAUGUGGGCACCCCGAAGAACAGUAGAAUUAGACGGAACCUUUGAGCGAACUGCGAGAUGGAAAGGCACCAAUGUUGUAGGUGAAGUUAGCAUUUCUACACCGUUCGAACGACUAAGGAAGGCUGGUGUCAGAUUUGAAGAUAAUUCCCAGAGAAAGAGAAGAAAUGCCGAAGUAAGCAUUGACUAUGAGAACAGAAAGAUCGUGUCAUUAAAAGGUAGCCGGGUUGUGAAUGGACAAGUUAGUGUUGACGUUGAUAUUACUAGCCCACGCCCCAUGAAGUUCCAUGCAAGUGGACAGGUCAAGCCCGAUGCCGCAGAUGGUUCGCUUUUCGCAGACUGGGACAGUCGGGACCCAAGGAGCAACAUUAAAGUCAGCGGUGAAUACAAUGAUGGAGGUGACGCAUAUUCUGCUAAGAGAGACGCCAAAUUAAAUAUCAUCCAUCCAGAGCACACAGUUAGCGUCAGUGGAAAUAUAGAGAAAUCACCCUAUCGAUUUUUGUCAUCUGGCGAAGUCACACUUAACAACAAAAAAGUAUCCAUAGAGAGCGAGUUCAAUGACCGAAGCCAAGGCUACACUAAGAUGUAUCAGGGCACGAUAAAACUUGCCACGCCAUACCGCAGUCUUCACCUGGAAGGAUCACAUUCAGAUGAUGUGCACAAAAUAAGUGAUGAGAUUGUGGCUUCAUGGGACGCUGACAGAGAUGCAUCAAAGAAAGUGAUAUUCUCAUCUGCUAUACAGGGGACAAGAGGAAAUGCACGGACAGAGUUCAAACUUGGAGUGCCAAGUGUAGGAAAAGAAAUUCGAGUUGUAACCGAAACCACGACAAAUUCUGGGCGUACGUUGUUUGAUGGGACGUCAGACGUGUUCAUUGAUAACCGAAAGAAGCUGACUAUCUCGUCUAAGAUUGAGGAUAGUUCCCGAGGAUAUGGCAACGAUGCGAACUACACCAUGACGUUGUCUUUACUUCACCCAUCAACAAACACGGAUAUCAGAGUGAUUUCUCACGCUGGUAAAACCGACGACCGUGUGUCUGCUGCCGCCGAUGUGGAAUACCUCACUUCCAGAAGACAGAGAGAAAACCUCCGACUUCGAGGAGAGAUCGACAGACUGCGAAAACGUGCAAACCUUGAGAUUGUUUCACCAGUCAAAUCCAUCGAAAUAACAGGCAAAUUGCGGACGGAUGCAGGAUACCACUUGUCCCUUCAUAACGUCUAUGACAGGAAGAAAUCCAUUGAUACCAGCAUUGCUGUGGACCCUGAGCAGGGCAACAUUCUUCUGACAAUGGGUAGUGAUUUGAAUGAUCCACGUAACACCAUAAAUCUGAGGGCUGGAUACCAGGGCGACAAGAUCUUUUCGGUUGAAGCAUUCCAUGUUUCGAGAGAAGGGCGCACCACUGAUGGACUGAUUGCCUUAACACUCAACACCUCUCGUAUCCUACACACACGCCUACACUGGAGACCUUCUGUCAUCAGAGAAAUUAAGGACGAAUUAGAUCGGAGGUCUAGGAUAUAUCAAGACAGACUGGGCUCAUCUAUCCGAGAAAGCGUCAGAGAUAUAGCACGGGCUUGGGACAACCGUCAACGUCUGAUAUCCCGAGAUAUCCGUCAAGACAUAGAGCCUGUCCUUGAACUGAUAGACAGAGAGUGGACCGCUGUUGAUCUAGAACUGGCCAGACUUUUACAGGAACUUAAUGAGCUUGGCUUGAGAGAGGCUUUGGAAGCUGUUCAAAAAGCAAUUGACAUAAUUAUGAAACUUGCGGAUGAAACAAUUCUGGAAAUGUCCAGGAACUACGAUGAGGCUAGAAGGAAAAUUCACGAGAUCUGGAGCAGUGUAAAUCGUGGAUCACUUCGAUAUGAGGAGAUUUUGGAGACUUCAGUUGAAUUACUAAAGGAAUACUAUGCCGAUGUAGAACACUUCGUUGAAGAGGUCGUGAGAACAGUGGUGGAGGAGAUCGAAGGGCUGGCACAGACUGCCGUUUACCACUAUUCUCAAGCCGAGGCCAAGUAUAGAUCCUCUAUCAGACAUGCCAGAAGUUUUUUUAGUGACCUAGGUGAUCGCCUUCUCAACAACCAACGAGUACAGUACAUCAGAAGGCAAUACUCUGAUCUGAUAUCCAAAAUCCCCGAAUUGCCCAACACUGAAAACAUUAAGCAAUUGAGCCGUAAACUGCAUAGCUCUGUGAAGACGUACAGUAGCCUAGUUGGAGAGAAAUACGCAUCUAUCGUUGAUAAAGUCCAUCGUAAAGUGGCUGAGACAAUUUCUGACAUCAGCAAACGUGACGAAGUUCGCCAAGUGCAGCAGUUGGCCAACGAAGUGUAUCAACAGGGUAAAUGGGCAUACAACUACUGGGAGGUGGAAGAAAAUGUAGUACAGUUGGCCAAAUCCUUGGUGGAAAAUGUGCGGGAGCUGAUAUCUGAGGAAAUCAAGGAUAUCCGCGAUAGUAUCCUCAACCUGGACAAAUCCAGAGUUAUCGUCUACGAUCCUCAGCGCGGUGAAAUCCAGCUCGAGAUAUUCCUGCCUGUCGCUGUCAAGUCUCUUCGUGAAGUCCCUGAUACCAGCCUUCCAAAAUACAUCAGGACUUACAAAAAGUUCGCCAACUCUUACAUCCCAUCCAGGAACUUCAGCAUUUACGAUGCUUACUACAGCCUGAAGCCGUCAACGGAUAUAACUAACUGGGUUCCACCAUUCAAAGCCCAUGCCUCCAUCUCCGGAAAACAGCAUUUCACUACCUUCGAUGGUAGCCAUUUUGACUUCGCCGGUCUGUGCAGCUACGUCCUUGCUCAUGACUUUAUGGAUGGAAACUUUUCCGUUAUCCUCAACUACGAAGGUGGCUGGGCGGACUUCCGCAAGAGGUCACUGACCAUCACUACUGGGACCAAGAACAUCAACAUUUUCCCAGAUUACAAGAUUCACGUGGAUGGACGUUCCCAGGAACUGCCUUAUGCGUUUGCAUCCACCACUGUGAAAAGAGACGGUAGUUUGAUCCGAGUGGACAGCGGAAAUGGAUUGGAAGUUGAGUGUGACCUAGCCCAUGACAUUUACACGGUGACCAUCAGUGGCUGGUACUUCGGUAAAACUGCUGGACUCUUCGGUACUUACGACAAUGAGCCCUUCAACGAUGUGGUGACGUCAUCCCACGAGAUUACAGACGACAUCGAGGCCUUUGCGGACAGCUGGGAAGUAGCUGGGUCUUGUCGUACGAGCCAUAACUUCGCCAAACCAGCGAUUAUCGCGGAAGAUCAGCCUGGCUACCAAAAAUGCAAGAGUCUUUUCCAAGAUCGCUCUUCUCCAUACCGACAUUGCUUUAACCUGGUGGAACCAAUGGCAGCUAUGGCCAAAUGUAUGGAAGAUCACAUGGUAGAAGUAACCCAGUGGUCUGCUUGCAAUGCGACAGCCCAGUAUAUCCGCGAGUGCAGCCUAGAAGGCGUUCCGCUCACAAUUCCAGUCGAAUGUGUUCGCUGUGAAGGGCCCAGGGGCGGUUUCUACGGUCCUGAAGAUGACUUGAUUCUGUCACAGGACACACUCGCCGCCCCACAAUCAGCCGACGUUGUCUUCGUUAUUGAGGAGAAAGAGUGCAACAAAGAAGCAGCCGCAGAACUGCAAAGCUUGGCACUAUCCAUUGAGUCGGCUCUCAGGACCAACGGUUUGACUGGAAACAGAUUCGGACUCGUCGGAUAUGGCGGUGGAGAAGCCUGUGAUGAAGUCCACACGCAUACAAUCGAUGGACAGAUCAUGAAUGAUGCCAGACGCUUCGGAGUUGGAGUCUAUUCCUUGAGAUUUGACAAGCCUGGUGAGAACACUGACGUACUUGGGGCCGUGAAGUUCGCCGCCAACUAUCCAUUCCGGGCUGGUGUGUCCAAGAGCAUUGUGCUGAUGCCCUGUUCAUCUUGUGAAGAAACCGAAACAAGCCAUGCGGAAAUCAAAGAACUACUCCAGGAGAGAGGAAUCAACCUUCAUCUCCUGAUUGAGCACGACUUCGAGUUCAGGUCAAACAAAAGUCCAAAGAGCACCAACGUUUUUGGUAUUGACAAAGAUGGAGCCUACACAUACAAACGCAAACGAGGAGAGAAGGGUGGCGAUUCCAAACUGUUGGGUGAACUAAGGGUACCAACGGAUAACUGCGUAUCCCUCUCACAGAGCACCAAGGGUACAAUGUUUAACCAUGCCAGACUAACACAAGGACGCCAACGGAUGCAGAAAUCCUUCCGCGAAGUAUGGUCUAGUCAGAUCGCCCAGUCAGCCCAACCAAUGAGCUGCCAGGAAUGCAAAUGCCAAGCCGACGACAAUGGAGUAGGUCUCUCCGUGUGCACACGAUGCGGCAAAUCCUCAGCCUACACAUCAGCCAUCCAGUCCUUGAUGCCGAACAGCCGCCAAGAAACCCGACCAAUCUACAACAUUCCUGGUUCCGAUGAUGACAUCGGUCAGCAACUGAAGGCAUACCUGAAUGUGAAGAACCAAUGAGUACCAACGAACAAGCAAGAUCUCACAAAAUAAUUCCUAUGAUUAAACAUAGUACUUUUCUGAAUGUUUUUUUUUACGUGUUUUUUUAAAUUGUCAUGUUUAAGUCUAUGAUAUUCCAUGUCAAAAACUCAAUGCAAGAACAAAUGUAAUUGUACGUUGUAAAAAAUCCAUUGUCGAAUUUACUGUAAUAAAAUGUAAAGUCUUUGUAAACAUUUUCA